AUGGGACCAGCCCCGAAUUUAACUAGGAACUCGGGUCAAUGGGUUCAGGCUGUCGGUCAAUGGGCCGAACCCGUCGGUUCGGCGGGUCAACCCAACCCGAAGAAAACCAAGGCAACGCAAACAGCUAUGCCAAAUUGCCAAUACAAUACAAAUUUCGAAAUAUUCCAGAAGCCCGCGAAAAUAUCUCCCACGAUUUUUCAUCUGGUUCGUCUCCAGAAAAUGGGUGAACUUUUGAAGAACUCCAUCUUCUUUUCAGAUCAACACCUUUGCCACGCCGAUAUCCUUCCUCCGUCCGAUGUUCGAGCUCGGAUCGAAGUUGCGGUCCUCAAUUUCCUGAAAAACCUUAAUUCAACGGCGUCAUCAGUAUCUGCUUUGCCUGUGAUUAACCGGAAAACGAGCAAUAGCAGAGUCAGUCGAGGGUUGCUAAUCGAGCACUCGAAGAUUUUUCUUUCGCAUUCCUUUUGUACGCAGUCUUUGAUGAAUGAGAACACUGCCAAUUCAUUUAUGAGAGUGUGGAAGGUGAUGGAGAUGUGUUAUCAGAUUCUUGGUCAAGGAAAGAAAGUAACUCAGAGGGAGUUAUUUUACAAACUGCUGUGCGAUUCACCGCAGCUUUUUACUUCUCAAUUACAGGUCAACCGGACUGUCCAAGAUUUAGUGGCAUUGCUUAAGUGCAGCCGGUAUAGCCUUGGGAUAAUGGCUUCUAGCAGAGGAGCAGUUGCAGGCCGCCUCUUGCUGCAGGCAUGGGCCAAAUCAGGAAGUCGUGGACUGCUCUGCUUGUGGAUCUUCUGGCUAUGCCAUCUCUGGAGACCUAAUGUGCUAGAAAAUUUGGUUAUGAAGAGUGAUGCUAGAUAUAUCAUUGUGGUGGAGAAGCACGCCAUUUUCCAGAGGCUAGCCGAGGAUCGUAUAUUCAAUCAAAUUCCCUGUAUUCUCAUCACAGCCAAAGGAUAUCCAGAUAUUGGCACCAGGCUUUUUCUUCAUCGAAUGAGUCGAGAAUUUCCUGAACUUCCAAUUAUUGGGCUUGUUGACUGGAAUCCAGCUGGGUUGGCAAUAUUAUGCACCUUCAAGUACGGAAGUGUUACAAUGGGUCUGGAAGCUUACAGAUACGCUUGCAAUGUCAAGUGGCUUGGACUGCGCAAGGAUGACAUAGAGCAAUUCGUACCGGAAGAAUCUCUGGUCCCAUUGAAGCAACGUGAUCAUCAAAUUGCCAAAAACUUGUCUUCCUCGGAGAUUUUGCAGGAUAAUUACAAGGAAGAACUUGCCGUCAUGAUUGAAAGUGGCCAUAGAGCCGAAAUAGAAGCUCUUUACUUCCAUGGAUACGAUUUCUUGGCCAAGUAUAUUGGAAAAAAGAUUGUGCAAGCGGAUUAUAUAUGAAUAUAUAUGAAGCUAAAAUGUAUAUGUUGGAGGUGCUGACCCAAUAGUUAUCAAAACAUUUUUGUUACCAUAUCAAUGUAAGAAAUAUGUGCCCAAUUUUUCCCUUGUUUUUUUCCCAUUUGCUUUUCCUUCGAGGAUAACAUAUUAUGUGACUUCGUUACAUAAACAAAAAAAU